AGGUCUCCCAAUUGUGGCGGGGACCAUGGACAUUCGCCACUUCUUCUCUGGAUUGACCAUUCCUGAUGGGGGCGUGCAUAUUGUAGGGGGUGAACUGGAUGGCCCACUGUGUGACCUCGGUACAGCUCUCCAUCUCCUGUGACCACCUCAUCGAUAAGGACGUUGGCUCCAAGUCCGACCCACUCUGUGUCCUGCUACAGGAUGUGGGUGGGGGCAGCUGGGCUGAGCUCUGUCGGACAGAGCGUGUCCGGAAUUGCUCCAGCCCUGAGUUUUCUAGACCACUGCCAAUCAACUAUCACUUUGAAACAGUCCAGAAGUUGCGUUUUGGUGUCUAUGACAUUGACAACAAGACUCCUGAUUUGGGAGAUGAUGACUUCCUAGGGGGAGCAGAGUGUACUCUAGGACAGAUUGUGUCCAGCCAGACGGUGACCCUUCCUCUAAUGUUGAAGCCUGGGAAGCCAGCAGGGCAAGGAACCAUCACGAUCUCAGCUCAAGAGGUGAAGGACACUCGAGUUGUGACCAUGGAAGUAGAGGCCAGGAACCUGGACAAAAAGGACUUCCUGGGCAAAUCUGAUCCCUUCCUAGAGUUUUACCGACAGGGUGAUGGAAAGUGGCAUCUGAUCUACAGAUCUGAGGUAAUUAAGAACAAUCUGAAUCCUACAUGGAGCCGCUUCAGUGUUCCUUUGCAGCGCUUCUGUGAGGGAGACCUCAGCCUGCCCAUCCAGGUGCGCUGCUCAGACUAUGACAGUGAUGGCUCUCAUGACCUCAUUGGCUCCUUCCAGACCAAUCUGACCCAGCUGCAGGGCACCCCAGUGGAGUUUGAAUGUAUUCAUCCUGAGAAGCAGCAGAAAAAAAAGAGUUAUAAGAACUCGGGGACCAUCCGGGUCAAGGUCUGCCAGAUUGAAGCAGAGUUCUCCUUCUUGGACUAUGUGAUGGGUGGCUGCCAGAUCAACUUCACAGUGGGUAUGGACUUCACUGGGUCCAACGGAGACCCUUCCUCUCCAGAUUCCCUGCACUACCUGAGCCCCUCUGGCGUCAAUGAGUACUUGACAGCUCUGUGGAGUGUGGGCUGCGUGGUACAGGACUAUGACACGGACAGACUGUUCCCGGCUUUUGGAUUUGGGGCCCAGGUGCCCCCUGAUUGGCAGGUUUCUCAUGAAUUUGCCUUGAACUUCAAUUCCAGCAACCCUUACUGCUCAGGCAUCCAGGGCAUUGUAGAUGCCUAUCGCCAGGCCCUGCCCCAAGUCCGACUCUAUGGCCCCACAAAUUUUGCCCCAAUUAUCAACCAUGUCGCCCGAUUUGCCGCUCAGGCUGCACAGCAGGGAACUGCUUCGCAAUACUUUGUGCUGCUCUUGCUGACUGAUGGGGCCGUGUCAGAUGUUGAAGCUACGAAGGAGGCCGUGGUCCAGGCCUCACGCCUGCCCAUGUCUGUCAUCAUCGUGGGUGUCGGGGGUGCUGACUUCACGGCCAUGGAGAUGCUGGAUGGGGAUGGGGGUCCCUUGCGUUCCCGAAGUGGAGAGGCUGUUGCCCGAGACGUCGUCCAGUUUGUGCCUUUCCGCCAGUUUCAAAAUGCCCCUCGGGAGGCACUGGCCCAAGCAGUCCUUGCAGAGAUACCCCAGCAGCUCGUGUCUUAUUAUAAGGCAAAGGGCUUGGCCCCCCACAAGGCCCCAGUGCAACCUGCCAAGGACCCAGCUCCAGCCCCAAUCUCAAAGAACUAAUCGACCACAGCACUGACUCUUUCUGCACAUGAGUAUGUCUCUGCCUCAUUUCUGUGGGAGGAGAGACAGAGCUUCUGUCCGAGGUGGUGGACAUUUUUGCUUACUGCUUUGGGUUAUAUGUAUAUGUAUACUAUAGGCCAAUCGUUCUCAAGCCAGCCUGACCCUAGCACAUUUUUUACCUUUUAUAUUUGUAUACAUUAUGCUAAUUUUGCAUUCCUCUUAUCAUGUACACACAUUCCCUAUGCUUUUAAUAAAGAUCAAUCAAAACUGAA